AUUAAAUGUUUGGUCCACACGUUGGCAGUAAUGUCACGAGCGCAAGUCAGGGGGCGGAGCCUUGUGGAAACCGGAAGUGUUGAAGGAGUGUUACACGUGAUUGAGACCACAACAAUGAAGGCGAUCAUUCAAAGAGUAACGAAAGCAAGCGUAACAGUUGGGGAGCAGCAGAUCAGUUCCAUCGGCCGAGGAAUCUGCGUUUUAUUUGGCAUCUCAGUUGAGGACACACAGAAAGAUGUUGAAUACAUGGUACGGAAGAUUCUCAACCUGCGUCUGUUUGAUGAUGAGAACGGCCGUGCCUGGAGUCGCAGUGUGAUGGACAGAGAGCUGGAGGUGUUGUGUGUGAGUCAGUUUACACUGCAGAGUAUCCUUAAGGGAAAUAAACCAGAUUACCAUUCUGCCAUGCCGGCCGAACUGGCCCAGCCUUUCUACAACAACAUUUUGGAGCAGCUGAGGGAAGCUUACAAACCAGAACUCAUCAAAGAUGGACAGUUUGGGGCAUAUAUGCAGGUACACAUUCAAAAUGACGGACCUGUGACUAUUCAACUGGAAUCUCCUCCUCGUCCUACAGAUCCCAAACAGCUGUCAAAACAAGAAAAGCAACAGCAGAGGAAAGAGAAAACGCGAUCAAAAGGGCCGUCUGAGUCCGGCAGAGAGAAGGGAGCAUCACGAACCAAAGCAGAUGGCGCUGUCAGCAGCGGAGCCGAGGGGGACGUGUCUUCAGAACGGGAACCAUAGGAUGCCUCACGCCUCGGAUUUUGCAGUUGGCAGAUCUUUUUCCAAGGGAAAUACUGAAGUCUUCAGGAACACGUCUCAGUUUAGCCCUGAUUUAUACCAUUGAAUUUCUGUCUCCUUACUGUCUCUGUCUGCUGUCCAGUACAGCGUGCAGCCUUAUUGUCCACUGUAACUUGCAUUGUAUAUAAACACAGAACAUGUGGCAGCUCAACAAUUACCAUUAGAAGAAAUAACAACUCAGGCUCUCUUUAGUGGUAUUUUUGCGGCAAUUUGAACAGAAUAUCUAUUUACCAUUUAAUUUAUUGAAAUGUGCAUCUCUGUGAUGUUUUAAUAAAAACCGAGCACAGAAAUGUA